ACGUUCUGAGUAGCACUGCAGUCGCUUAGUGUUGCUUACUGAAUACGCAUGUGAAAACCGGCACUACUCGUGCUAAAAUGUCGUCAUCGUCGCAAAAACCGUUCCGUAUACUUGGCCUGGCCUAUGUCGCGGUGGUGUCGAUUGGUGCACUCUGUGCGAUAAUCUACGGCAUUGUGAGAAUCGCUAAUGGCGACGAUUUUAUUGCCUACAAAAUGUUCGACCACAACCCUGGCGAAGCUUCCAUGGGACCGAAUCGAUCAUAUUUUUACGUAAUGCUGUUUAGUAGUCCCCUCCUGCAAGGUAUUGUGUGGCUUGCGUCCAGCAUCUUUCUGGCAGUUGGGAUUCUCAAGCACAACAUCGUUUUUGUCAGAGGAUACAGAGUCCAUUUCGUAGUGAUUUCUGCAGUGGCUCUUACGUUAUUCAUAGUAAUUCACGUUUACAAUUUGGUGCAUCGGAAAUAUCCCGUCUCAAUACUGUUUCUGGUGGUUGGAUCUUGUGUAAUGAUUGUUUUCUUCGUUCUCAUAAUGUGGAUACUGAACGGAGUCAUUCGUUACAUUGAAAGUGAACACAAAUUUUCAAAUUGGAUAUUGGACACGAACCACAUAGUUUAUCAAGUAGCGUGAUCUUGGAAAAUUGUAUUGUAGAAAUUCAUCAUAUAAGACCAUGCAAAUUAUACAAAAAUAUUCAACUAAA